AUGGCAGCAAUACGUCCACAAUAUCCCGAUAAAAUGAAUAAUCCAAUAUUUCCUCCAAUGCCUCAUUCAGCAACAAAUGGUCUACCCCGCCCGAUAUUUCCACCUCAAUUCAAUCAGCCAACAAAUCCUCUAAUAUUACCUCCAACACAACAAUUUCAAUCAAAUCUAAUCAAUCAACCCAACUCAAAUUCAACUCCACCAUUACCAUCAAUAAAUAUCUAUAAUACAAAACCAAGUACAACUCCACCAACAACAAAUGUUUACAAUCCUCUUGCAAAUCAUCAACCUCUACUACCAACAACAGUACAAAGUCCACCUGCUCAACCAACCAUUCGUCCAAUGUAUCCUUCACCAGCAUCUGCUUAUCGUCCUCAAGUACAACAAACUCAGCCUAUGCCACCACCUACCUAUCCUCAAAUACCUAACCAAAAUGCUCCGCCACCUUCAUCUAACUAUCCGUAUCCGCAAUACAAUAACACUGGAACUACUCCGUAUGUACCAUCAACAUUUCCGGGACAACCACCACCGAUGCCUUAUCCCAUGGGUGGUAAUACAAAUGGUGCUAAUAAUCAACAAAUGAAUGGUCCUAUGUCUAACAACAACAAUAAUAAUAAUAAUUUAGUUGAUUUGCUCAAAAUAAAAAGUGUUAUUAGUCCAUUUGUUGAAGAACCACCAAUGACACCAUUAGUAAAUGAAGAAACGCAACAAAUGAGUUGUAGUCCUGAAGUAAUGAGAUGCAGUCUGAAUGUGAUUCCACAAACAAAAGAUUUACUCAACAAAAGUCGUCUUCCACUUGGCGUUCUCAUUCAUCCGUUUAAAGAUCUUGAAAGUUUAAGUGUCAUUCAAGGUACAAAAAUAGUUCGAUGUGAUGCAUGUAAAAGCUAUAUUAAUCCAUUUGUUACACUUCUUGACAAUACUCGAUGGCGUUGCAGUAUUUGUUUUCGUAAUAAUGAGCUACCACAAGAAUUUCUAUACGAUCCGGCGACAAAAACCUAUGGUGAUCCAAGUAGAAGACCAGAAGUUCGUUUUGGUACUGUUGAAUAUGCAGCUACAUCAGAUUAUAUGGCGCGACCACCACAACCCGCUAUGUAUUUAUUUUUACUUGAUGUAUCACAUAAUGCUAUUCAAACAGGCUAUCUUCAAUCAUUUUGUGAUGUUUUAUUUGAAAAUUUAAGUAAUUUACCAGGUGAUGCCCGUACAAAAAUCGGUUUUCUUGCUUAUGAUAGUCGGAUACAUUUCUAUGAUUUAUCCGAUAGUCAAAAUGGUACAUUUCGUAUUAUGGUCGCACCCGAUUUAGAAAAUGUCGAACAUAAAUUAGAUGAAAUUCUUCCUGUACCCGAUGGUUUAAUGGUAAUAUUGAGUGAAUGUCGACCGAUUGUUGAAGCAUUUCUGAAUGAAUUACCUAAAGUUUAUCAAAAUAAUCAUGAAACUGAUUCAGCAUUAGGCACUGCUCUUCUCAUAGCCGGAAAAUUACUUCAUGAGACAGGUGGUCGCAUAACAGUUGUGCAAACACGAAUACCAAACGUUAAUCCCGGUGCUUUAUGUGAACAAAUAGCUAAAGAACCGAAAUCGAUUGGACCAACGUCAGAUUUUUAUAAGAAACUUUCACUUGACUACGCAUCACAACAGAUCGCUUGUGAUCUAUUUCUUUUAAAUAGUCAUUAUAUUGAUUUAGCAACAUUGAGUGGUGUCUCGAAAUAUUCAGGCGGCGAAGUUAAAUACUAUCCAAGUUAUCAUUCUGUUCAAACGCCGUAUGAAGUUGAACGUUUUGAAAAUGAUUUAAGACGGUAUUUACAAAGAAAAAUUGGAUUCGAAGCUGUCAUGCGUUUACGAUCAGCACCAGGUGCUCUUGCAAUUCAAACGUUUCAUGGUAAUGGGUUUGUUCGAUCCGUUGAUUUACUUGUUUUACCAAAUAUCAAUCCGGAUGCAGCUUAUGGUAUGCAAGUGGCUAUUGAAGAUUCGUUAGCACAAUACACAUCAGUUACUUUUCAAAUAGCACUUCUUUAUACAUCAAGCAAAGGUGAAAGACGAAUUCGAGUACAUACACUUUCACUGCCUGUUAGUGCUAAUCUAAAUGAUAUAUGUGCAAAUGCAGAUCAAGAAGCGGUGGUUUCGUUAAUUGCAAAAAUGGCGGCUGAUCGAGCAUCGACAUCAUCGUUACACGAAGCGCGCGAAGCUUUGACUAAUGUGGCGUGUGAUGUUAUUAAAGCAACAAUGCCGAGCAAUGCAGCCAAUAGAGGAUUUUCGCUUGCUGUACCUAAUUCACUACGAUUGUUACCAUUAUAUAUGUUAAGCAUGAUUAAAUCGACGGCAUUUCGAGUUGGUAGUACAACAAAACUCGAUGAUCGAGCGUAUUAUAUAGAUUUAUGUAAAACAUUACCCACGCAAUAUUUAAUGCAAAUAUUCUAUCCGGAUCUAUAUCCAAUACAUACUAUUGAGGAAAGGAGCCAAAUAAUUCAAGAUGGUGACGAAGAACUUCAUGUACCUGAACGAGUUCAAUUAUCCUAUCAACAUAUUGAUUCACAUGGCGCUUAUAUUCUUGAUACAAGUGAAUAUAUUUAUAUUUAUAUCGGUAAAGCAGUCAGCGAUCAGUUCAUGCAAAGUGUUUUCAAUGUUCAAACAUUUUCCGCUUUACCAUUUGAUUCAUAUUCAUUACCAGAUUUAGAAAAUCAAUUAUCAUCAAAAAUUCAUAAUUUUCUAACUUAUCUUAUUCAAAGUCGUCCAAAUGGUACUGCAAUACAUAUAAUGAGAGAGGAUUCUUCCAAUCGAUAUUUAUUUACACGUUAUCUUGUGGACGAUAAAUCCGAAUCGACCAUGUCCUAUCAAGAAUAUUUACGUUAUAUUCGAGAACAGAUUACUAAAUGA